CUCUGUGGGAAAACCCACUUCUAAUCAAAAGGAUGCACAAACUGCAUUUUUUUUCACAGACAAUCUACUUACAGUGUGAGCGUAUAGCAUUGCAAUCACAUUUGUAUUGAUGUAUACACUUGAAUCGAGACUCAGUACUUUUGAUCAACGUUACUCCGCACCUCUUUUGACACAUAUUUGUAAUCAACGUGAACUUGGUAUAGAACUGCAUGCAGUUAGGACGCACUGUCUUGUUACGUAGACUCGGGGUAUUGGUACAAUCUACUACAUCACUGCAUAUAGUUUGUGCUUGCAUGAACGACUGUUGGCUUUAAGUACACAUUAGCUGAUCACACUUUUAAGUUAUAUUGGACAUCAAUUGGAUAUAGGCGUAGAAUGCACUUGCGUUUGUAAUUAGCCAGAAAUCCGAUAUUUGUACAAAUGGCUGAGAAGACUGAGAAAGAAAAAGUUCCAAGCUUUUCACAGGACCUGACGUGUCCACUGUGUCUUGGUAUCUUCGACGAGGCAACCAUCCUGACUUCAUGUGGACACACCUUCUGUCGGAAAUGUCUCAGGAACUAUGACCUGUCCCAUCAGAAUCUUAAUCACAUGAUCUGUCCUCUCUGCAGGGAGACCACCAAGUUAUCUGCGAACCGUGUUGAUGAUUUCCUUACCAAUGUGACGGUCAACGGACUUGUAGACAAUUACCACGUCAUGUUUGGAGGGGUUAACGCUGUCCUUGAGAUGCGUUCAAAAUGCACUGCUUGCAAGCUUCAGAAAGAUGCCGUCUCAUUCUGCUGUACAUGUAAUAACUACAUUUGUGAUAAGUGUCUAGAGUGUCAUCAAAAUAUUAAAGUCUUUGAAGGACACGAGAUUGUAUCCAAAGAGGACAUCAUCAACGGGAAGGUCAGCAUUGGCCAUCUAUCGGAAAAGUGCUGCAUCCACAAACAAGAGAACAAAGAGAUGUUUUGUGAGGAUUGUAAGGUCCAUGUCUGUUUCAAGUGCGUGAUCGUCGGUCAUCAAAAUCACCACAUCGAGAAUCAGGCUGACUUCGAGCAGAAGUUACGUCUUAAAGUGAAUGACCUUGUCCGACGAUGUGCCGCUAAGAAGUCAGAACUGGAGAAGAACAUUCAGAAUGUCGAAGUACAACGCCAUGAAGUAUACACUGCCGUGCAGAAACUACUGGACGAUGUCAGUCAAGCCUACAGCAUCAAGGCCAAAGAGCUUGAAGAAAAUCAUCAAAGUCUAAUCGAGCAAAUCAAUGCAGUAAAGCGGAGUUUCGAGGACGACCUCAACGUCUUGAAAUCUAAGGAUCGACAGAAAAUCAAGAGUAUUUGUAGUUCAAUAACACUGGUAGCUAAUGACAGACUGGGUCGUCUUGAGACAGACAGUUUGUCUGCUCAUACCUUGCUCUGUGAGGAGCUGGAUGCCAUGCUGAAGGAGGCAACUGAUCACACUUCUGCGGCAGCCAUUUCGAAGAAAGCACAGGAGAAGAGGUUUAAGCCUGCAGAUGAUACUCGUCUCGACCUCGGGAGCAUCUCAGAAUCAGCUACUGAUUAUACUUCUUCGGCAGCCAUUACGAAGAAAGCACAUGAAAAGAGGUUCAAGGGUGCAGAUGAUACUCGUCUUGACCUCGGGAGUAUCUCAGGAUCAGAUCCCAAGUUGCAAGUUAUUCAGUGUGUAGACCUACAGGGUUGGAUGUGUGGAAUGACCCAGUACUCUGAUGUUAGUGUGGCUAUCGGAUAUUAUGCUACACAUGGUAUAGAUAUCAUUGAUUCAGCUGGCAAAAAGCACCAGUAUUCAAACAUACCAAGUAACAUGCAAUGUUAUGAUCUUGUGUUUCAACAAGACAGGUCGUUAUGCGUAUCGACGGGUUACACAGAAGCACACUUAUAUUCGCCCAAUGGAUCCCGGAAAUCAACCAUCCACGUGAAAAGCAAUUCCUAUUAUCUCAGACUAAACAAAAGUCCAUCAGAUGACAUCCUCAUUGCUCGCAAUGAGCAGAAAGUCUACAUCUAUGACCCGACUGGAUCCACUCUCAAACACACUAUUCCAACAAAACACAACAAGACGAGCCAGGUAUCUGCUACCAGGUCUGGUUUGAUCGUCACGAGUUCAUGUUUUUACACCAAUCCAAACGUGGUGACGGUCUAUGACAGGGAUGGGAAUGCUGGUAAGUCUCUACAAGCUCCAUACGAUGUCUACCUGUAUGCUGCCCUGGAUGAGCAGGACAGGGUGUAUGUAGCGAGUGUUGAUCAAGAGAAUGGUAACGUGGGGAUCAGGCUCUAUGACCUUGAUGGUUUGAACCUGAAGGAGAGAGUUGAGUUCAAUGUACUUAAUCUGACGCUUGGUUGGGACUGGUGUUACUUGGUUUCACUCUCACCAGACAUGCUCGCCUUUGCUUGUCACAAGAAGCUGCAUUUUAUCAAAGUAUCACUGUAAACCAACCUCACACUCUAUAUUACCAUUAUGUGUAGUGUGUAUACCUUUCUGCUCCAGAUCUAUAACAGAUGCCUAUGUUUCAUUUUCUAACCGAAUGGGAAGAUAAUUAUUACGUGAUUACUAAUUGAAUGGGAAGAUGUUCAUUCUCUCCAUAGACUUUAAUUACCUGUAUACAGUUGUCAUUAUCCAAUAACAUGAACAUUCCCUCUUUCGAAAUAGUAUGUAACAAAUAGGUAAAUUAUGCAUAUAUUUUUUUAACAAAAGAUCGGUACUGCAAAAUCAAAGAAUAACAACAAAUGCAGGCAUUCUAAUAAAUUUGAAUUUAAGAGGUUCCUACCUCUUGAGACGCAAUAAAUAGAUGCAAGUGAUAUGGUAAUAAACAUGUGUAUGUUUAACUUGACAAUUGAUAAAAAUAUUGAUAACUUCUUUUGAGUAUUAUUUUUCUUAUGUCGUUAUUCUCAUGUAUUUUAACGUUUAUUUUGUUUGCACUUAUAUUUUGUGAUUGUUACUGUGAUUAUUUGGUAUCUUUGAAAGAAGAAGAUAUGAAGAAAUAAUUAAUACUGACUUUGUAAAAUGACCCUUUGUAAAUAAGCUUUUCAGUUUUCAUGGCCAUCUUUUCAAGUUAUUAUUAUCAUUUUGUUUUUAUUUUGUGAUAUCAUUUUACUCUACGUAUGUAUGUUACAUUGAACUUGUCUAACACAUCAUAUCAAAUUCUAAUAAGAAGCUUCAUAGGACCAUGGUGAAAAUAUUGCUACAUUCCAUUAAAAAUUCCUUCGUAUUCACUUUGCACCCUGUCUGAAAAUUCAGUAAAUUGAAUGCUCUGGGAACUGAUGAUAUGAAAAAAUUAGUUUACUAUAUUGCUGAGAAGAACAAUGUUUUUUAACAAAAAUUUGGCUUCGCUUAACAGUCGGAAGUUGUGAUGCUUGAUUAAGCAUUUUAAGUAAAUGAAGAAUAUUAUGAUAUCUUUGUGAAAGUUAAUUAGUAAUUUUACUUUGCAUAUUUUAUCUGUAUUUGGUAGUUGUAUUUUCCAUUUUAAUUACCGCUUCAAUUGAUUUGGAUUCAGUUUAUUAACUAAAUUCGAUUUAAUUCAAUUAAAUCUAUACAGACUAUCGAUUUGUGACAUGUAAUUUGAAAUAUCUCAAUCUAAAUUUAAUAACGGUAGAAAGAGAAUGGGGUAUUUAAAAAAUAUAGGAUUAUGUUUAUCAUAUGAUAAGUUGGAAAGAAACCCACCCUCUUCUAAGAUAAUUUUUUUUCCAGUGUUUGUGUCAUGGUAAUGUACCUUCAACUGGCUCCUGACAAAGUUUGGUGCAUGGGUUUUCAAUGCGGUGACCCAAUGUGAUCGACUUGGAUGCCCUUCUCGAGGGCUCUCGGGAACAAACUCCAAGGGCAUUCUCGACACUGACAUUUUUUUCGUGAAUUGCAUGGAUGGUCUAAGUAUUCCAUUGUUUGGUCAAUUCGUAUGACUAUUUUGGGACAGACAUCUGGUGUCUUUACUGUUUUGUUCAAAGUUUUGUAAAUAUAUUAUUAACACAAGUCUAAAAGUUCACAUUUUGUAUUUGUAUUUUCUAAAUGAAUUGUUGUCUCUUUGUAUUUAGAAAUAGAUAGUUUGUAUUCGCUGUAGAGGGAGCCUAUUACAUGUAUAUAUAUAUAU